AUGCUGGCUCCUUUAUCCACACCGGUACACUCGUACUUGGGAGUAUUACUUGCGCUUUGGUGUGCCCUGCCCACCGCGAGUUCAGCCCAACUAAGCUCGAGAGGAACGUCCCUGCAACUUAACGACAUUGACUACUUGGUCUCUCCGUACCCGAGUGGCAAUAUCUCGGUGGAUGUUGAGAGCCUGACAGAGUAUCGAUCAGCACAUGGCCUGUAUCCUGUCGCAGUCCUUGACAAUGGCGUCGGCAUCACCGAUAUCUGGAGCACAAUUGCUGGUUGGACAAGCAAGGACGACGUCUUCCAGGAGGCAUUUGCCGAGAUCGUUGUGUCGUCAGAGGUCUCGACGCCGCAGACAUUACCGGGAAAUGGAACAUCGGUUCUCGCCCUCCCUCUGGGGGCCCCUUCUACCAUACCUCCUGGGCCUUAUUUCUUGGAUGGAUCCGAUGGAACCUUGUAUCCGGUGUAUCGUCUGUACGAUGACUUCGCGGGGGCAUUCACCGAAGCACUGCUUCAAACGCCCGAAGGCACCUUCCAGACGCUGUCCGCUCAGACAUCGACGUCGGCAACUCUGACCAUUGGAGUACCCUCUCGACUCUACUACACCCCAUCAGAGGAGAAACCCCUCGCAGGAGUCCGCAUUGCUGUCAAAGACCUGGCAGACCUUGCAGGGGUCAAGAAGUCGUGCGGAAACCGAGCGUGGUAUAAUCUGUAUCCACCGGCGAAUGAGACGGGAACUGCAAUCCAGCGUCUGAUAGAUGCCGGCGCCGUCAUCGUGGGCCAUCAGAAGCUUUCUCAAUUCGCCAACGGCGAAACAGCAACGGCGGAUUGGGUGGACUAUCACUCGCCCUUCAACCCACGCGGUGAUGGGUACCAGGAUCCUUCUUCAUCUUCCUCUGGCGCGGGUGCUUCCAUCGGCUCCUAUUCGUGGCUGGACAUCGCUGUCGGCAGCGACACUGGUGGCUCUAUCCGGGGCCCUGCUGGGAAACAAGGAAUCUUCGGCAACCGACCAAGUCACAACCUCGUGAGCCUUGACCACACGUCAUGCCUCUCGGCUUUCUGGUGCGAGAUCCUUCUCUCAAAGAAUACCGAAAUGCACUAUCCGACCCAGAUUCUGACAUAUAACUUCCCCGUCGACCAGAGUGCGCCUCUGUACAAUGCCUUUGCCAACUCAUUGGCGUCGUUCGUCUCUGGCAAUGUGACAAGCCUGAAUAUCACGCAACUCUGGGCCUCGACUGGCCUGCCUCAAGUGAAAAAUACAUCAUUGCCCCUGUAUCUCAACACCACGUAUGUGACAUUGAUCUCGAAGCAACAGGCAGCCUUGGUGCGAGACCCAUUUUUCGCAGACUAUGCCAGUGUUCAUGAUGGUCGAAAGCCGUUUGUUGAUCCUCCGGCGACCACACGCUGGGCAUGGGGAGAUUCGCUCCCAGCUGGGGCUUUGGAGGACGCCCUGGAUAGAAAGACCAAUUUCAUGAAUUGGUUCAACACCGAGGUUCUGCCCCCUGUUGACGACCCGACGCAAUGUUCUUCAGGGUUGUUUUUAUACGGCGGCAGCGCUGGCGUUCCAUCAUACAGCAACAUCACGCAGCACGUAGAGUACCUGCCUGUUGCCGUUGAUAUCCUGGCCGCAAAAGGCUGCGAUGGAAUGCUUGUGAGACUUGCACAAGAUCUGGUCAAAGCUGGCAUUCUCGAGAUUUCGCUGGUGGGGCAGACCAUCCAUGGUGGUGAUGUUCUCUUCAAGCGACAUGCCGAGGCAGCUGGGAUGGAACGGUUGAGGUAUGUUGGCUGA